CAGAACACUCCACAGCCUGAGCGCAGGACGCACAGAGUCACAGGGAGUUAUCCAAACCGCCUCGGAUUAUCACUGAAUCUUGAUUUAAAAGAAAAACAUUUAAACAAUCUGACUUAUUCAAAGGAAGAUGUUGGUGCAGUUUUCCGGAAGCAUUUGUCUUUUUUUCUCCUGCGUGCUGCUGAAGCCCCUCCUGCGAUGAAAGUCGAGUGAAGAAGACUACACUCCCUAAAAGUGUUUUCAGCACAGAGUCAGAUGUGUGACCUGAUUCUGGAAAUAGACAAGGAGAGGAAAAUGUGUGAGGCUCAGAGUGAGAACAGAACGACAGGCUGCAGCGGGACGUGGGACAAGAUCACCUGCUGGCCCAGUGCUGACAUCGGAGAGGUGGUGACCAUCCCCUGCCCCAAAUAUCUCUUCUACUUCUCCAGAAAUGUUUCACCACGUAAUCUGUCCAAGACCUGCACCACUGAAGGCUGGACCCCGAUCAGUCUGGACUCAUACAUAAUGGACUGUGGUUACAAUCCCAACAACACCAUGGAUGACAACUCUGGGGAAUUCUUUGGCGCCAUCAAAGUUGGUUACACUGUCGGUCACAGCGUGUCGCUCAUUUCUCUGAUGGUCGCCAUCAUCAUUCUCUGUCUUUUUCGGAAGCUCCACUGUACAAGAAACUACAUCCACAUGAAUCUGUUUGUGUCUCUCAUACUGAAAGCUGUGACCGUUUUCAUCAAAGAUGUGGUUUUGUACGACGUCGGCGAGACCGACAAUUGCCAGGCAUCAGUAGGCUGCAAGGCAGUCGUGGUCUUCUUCCAGUAUGGGGUCAUGGCGAGUUACUUCUGGCUUCUGGUGGAGGGUCUCUAUCUUCACGCUCUGCUGGCGGUCUCCUUCUUCUCUGAGAGGAAGUACUUCUGGUGGUACAUUCUGAUUGGUUGGGGGGCUCCAACUGUCUUUAUUUCUGCUUGGGUUAUUACAAAGGCUUAUUUAAAUCAUCCUGGAUGCUGGGAAACAAUUGAUGACAACCCUUGGUGGAUCAUCAAAACGCCUAUUUUAGCUGCUAUUCUUGUGAACUUUUUCCUUUUUAUUUGUAUAAUCCGAAUAUUGCGACAAAAAAUGAAUUGCCCCGACAUCGGAAGGAAGGAAUCUAAUCAGUACUCGAGACUGGCUAAAUCUACACUGCUGCUGAUACCUCUCUUUGGCAUAAACUACAUAAUAUUUGCCUUUAUACCUGAUCACCUCCAUCCACAAGUGAGGAUGGUAGUGGAUCUUGUUCUUGGAUCAUUCCAGGGUUUUGUUGUUGCCAUCUUGUACUGCUUCCUGAACGGAGAGGUGCAGUCCGAGGUGAAGCGUAAGUGGCGCAGAUGGAUGCUGCAAAGGUUUCUGGGCGCUGACACUAAGUACCAGCAGCCGUCCAUCGGUAGCAAUGGCAACAACUUCAGUACCCAGAUCACCAUGUUGACCAAAAGUAGCCCCACAACACGACGAGCCUCUGCAUGUGAAGAGCACCUCUCUGCAAUCUGAAACCCUCUGCAGACUGACUCACCUCUUGCUUUCAUCAACAUGCAAUGGGUGUGCGACUCCGGUGCCCUGCAGCUGCAGUGGCGACUGGGCGCAGUGAGGAUAUACUGUGUAAAUACUAAAACCCGUUGGAUUUGUUGUCAUUUCAUACAUCACCUGGUAAAAAUGACAAGUGCUCUGUUUUUCUUGCCAGAGUGGAAAGUCGUGGAUCAGUGACAACAUUGACGAAUAAGUAAUCUCAGUCUCUCGGGUACACAAGCAGAUUAGCUUGUAGAAAAGCUUUGUGCUUUACUGAAACCGUAUGAGUCGACUUGAACGCUAAACGAAAACGAAAUCUUGGUUUGUCACGUGAAGCUAAGCAAAAGACGAAAAAGGCCAGAGAAAAGCUGUGUCCGAGAAGUUUUUAUUAUUUAUUACAAGGAAAAAGUCCAAUCACUAUAACCUGGUGGUCCGAUGCUGCAUGGUGGAUGAAUGGUGUGGACAUCAGGCUGUUCUGGACAGUAGCCACUGAGGAGGAGUCCAUAUUGUAACCAACAUACAGGAUGUUCCUAUCCUGUAUGUGACAGUUUUAUACUUUGUUGAAUUACUGCUGGAUAACAUUCCAGAGGAGAGAGACCACAGCUUUGGCUCGUUAACUUUAGCUCGGAUAGCAGAGGCUUUUAGUUUUAUUUAAGUGCGCGGUCUCAGAACAGCUGGACCAGAUGUGUCUCAUCAGCUCCAGAUAAACAGCACUGUAUAUAAAAUAAAUUAAAAAAUAACAGUAACUUCUAUUCACUAGAGUGCGUGGAUGGGUUUCUUGAUUGUAUUUAUGUUUAAUAUUUGUGUUUUUGUGCCACAAGCCAGGGAGAUACUUUCACGAUUGUUAAAAAAAAAAACUGUACCAGGUCACUGUUUACAGCUCCCAGAGGAGAAACCUUAACCUUUUCUUCAGUUUGUUUAAGUUUAUGUUUGUGGUUUUAAGUCAUGUUUUUUGAGCAACAUAGUUUAUUUCUGACAUUCAUGAUCCCUUUUGAGAUUUAAAAAAAUAACAUCAUUAAUGAUUAUUAAGAGCUGCGCAGCUUCUGUUGUGAAUGUGGUUAUCAUUUAUCCUGUGUAGCAUUGACAUGUUUGCAUACCAGUGACCGUGCACGUCUUUUUUUUUGUGUAAUUAUAGUUCGUCGAGCUAAAUGACAUCAUGUUUCAUUCAAAAUUAGAUCCAAACAUUUAUCAGAAACCAUGCCCUUAAAUGUACAGGCUUUGACAGCUAAGUCUCGUAGGGAUUUAUUUUAUUUCUGUUUUCUUUACUUCUUAUUAUCCUAUUAAAUAACAUUAUAAUGAAGCAAAGUACCUCAACCUAAAUGUCACGUAGUUUCUGUAUAUAAUGUUCUGCUGUAAAUAUUUGUAAAAAAGUUUAUGGUUUUAAUUUUAGUUCUCAGGUGUCAACUAGAAAUCAAUGUUUACAUUCUGAUUGUCAAUUCUCACUUGUGCUUUUUUUGCAUAAUGUCAAUCUAAAGCUGACUGUCUUUUGUCGCUGUGCGCCUUUCAAAGAAAUAUUUUGUUCUGUUCAGUGUGUACAGUAAGACAAAAAAAGAUGUUCUUGCACAAAUGAAGGUGGAUAUAAAUGUUUGCUCUGUGGUUGGA